UUUUAAUGUCAUAUAUUGCUUGUUUUCGUAACAAGUUUAUAUUCAGAUCAGAUAUUGAACAGACGUUACACACUAAAUCUUUGACAAAGAAAAAGUAUGGUCUUGUUGCUGGAAUUCAACAUCAACCAUCAACAUAGCAAAUAAGUGUUAAAGUAAAACAAAUCUUAUGAAAAGAGAUUGAAAAUACGGAAGAAAAUACCAUUUGAUCAAACUGUUCUAAAAUUCAUUAAUAUUAAAACGUGGGCAUGACUGCAUGCAAUCAGACGUAUUUGUUGCCGCAGUGCGCAGCUCGAAGUGUUGGGCCUGCUAAUCAACUCUUCAUUCAGUUGAUUCAGACACUAGUUGCCGCUCAUUGUUCCCUUCCACAGCCAGGUAUUUGGCCCAAGGAUCAUGGACCGACUGCUGAAAAAAGCGAUGACGAGGUAGUGGAUUUCAUUGUAGUUGGUGCUGGAUCAGCUGGAUGUGUGGUGGCAAAUCGUUUGAGUGAAAAUCCGCGUUGGAAAGUUUUGUUAGUCGAAUAUGGUGGUGAUCCACCUAUUGAGUCUGAGAUACCUGCAAUGUUUUCGGCUAGUCAGCGCACAGAAUUCGAUUGGCAAUUUGCAGCUGAAUCUGAUACAGCUUGUAAGGGCUUGAACGGAAGUUGUUAUUGGCCGCGUGGUAAGGUUUUGGGGGGAUCUUCAGCGAUAAAUUUAAUGAUCUAUGUUCGCGGCAAUGUGCAUGAUUUCAAUUCAUGGGCUGCGUUGGGCAAUAAAGGAUGGGAUUUCAAGAGUGUUUUGCCAUUUUUUAAAAAGUCGGAAAACAAUCAUUUUCCUCAGUUUGUUCAUCAAGACAAUGGCACUUAUCACAGUGAUGCGGGUGAGAUGAAUAUCGAUUUUUACGGCGAUAGUCCAUUUGCAAAUGUGUUCAUCAACGCCGGCAUGGAAGAUAAUUAUAAGUUUAUAAAUGACAUAAAUGCCGACGAACACAUUGGAUAUACAAAAGUGCAGGGCACAUGUUAUCAAGGCAGAAGACAGAGCACGGCAAAAGCAUUCUUAGUUCCAGUCAAAGAUAGACAGAAUCUACGCAUUGUGAAAUAUGGUUUGGUUCAGAAAAUUUUGUUGAACAAACACAAUCGAGCCUAUGGAAUCAUAUAUAAGAGAAAUGGGAAAACGAUAAAAGCCUACGCUAAAAGAGAGGUAAUCAUGUCGGGUGGAACAAUUAUGACGCCUGUUGUUCUGAUGUUAUCAGGAAUUGGACCGAAGGAACACUUGGAAAAGCAUAAAAUUCCUGUAAAAUGCGAUUUGCCGGUGGGAAAAAAUCUGAUUGAUCACAUUUACACAUUGAUUUUAUUUCGAUUUGAUCCAACGCCAACCGAUCCAAAUGCAGCUUAUGAUAACGUCUUCAAUUUGGCUAUUCACAACACGGGCGGCUUAACGAGUGUUGGCAUUUCAACACUUUGUGCCUUCAUCAAUACCGACAGAGCCGCAAAAUUCCCAAAUAUCCAACUGAUGUAUUUUUGGUUUACGAAAAAUUCACCAAAUUUACAAGCUUACAUUAAAACACGGCAGUUUUCUUAUGAAAUUGCCAAAAAAUUGACGGAAGCGAAUCAAAAUCAUGAUAUCGGGGCGGUUUUAGUGACAUUGCUGCAUCCCAAAUCAAAGGGUUACAUUCAUUUGCGAAGCACUUCGAUCAAAGAUAAGCCACACAUAAAACCGAAGUAUUUUAGCAAAAAACGGGACUAUGACAUCAUGAUCAAAGCUAUUAGAGAUCAAAUUUCUUAUGUUAAAAGCAAAUCGUAUUCAGCAAAACACGCGGAGUUGAUCUCAUUUAAAUUGGCUGAUUGUGAAGGCAUCGAAUUUGAUACGGAUGCGUACUGGAAAUGCUACAUUGGAUACAUGAGUGCCACUUUAUAUCAUCCAGUGGGCACCUGUAAAAUGAGCGGAUUACAUUCAGAUCACGAGGCUGUUGUUGACGAUCGACUCCGAGUUCGAGGCGUGCAUGGACUAAGGAUUAUCGAUGCUAGCAUAAUGCCAAGAAUCACAUCCGGAAAUACCAAUGCCCCGAGCAUAAUGAUCGGAGAAAAAGGCGUUGCAAUGGUUAUCGAAGAUAACUCUUCCUCAUCCCCAACAGAAAAUUGAUAAAUAUGAUUCCAAUACUUCGUGGUCGUCUUUUGGCACUUAUUCUUCGCCUUCCUUCUCUUAAUAAUACUUAUUUAAAUUCUGAAUUCCACGUAACGUAUUAUGUUCUAUUAUAAUGGCUAAGAAACUCUAAUAAAAUUUAUUGUUGCACAUUCAA